ACGGCACGGUAUUACCAUGCUUACUAUGGUCACAAAACUGAUCCCCGUGCUGUCCUCAUUGGUCUUCUUCUGAUACUCUCAUCAUUUCAGUAUCUGAAUCAGUGGACAAGAUAUAAUCAAGCUAUUGAGAUGGUCAAGAAAACACCAGCUUAUAAAAACAAGCUACGUGGUUUGGAGCUUCAACGCACUGGAGGAGUUGCUAAUAGGAAGAAGAGCAACAAGCAGAUGGACAAGAAGGUGGAGGAAGAACUUAGCAAGGAACUCAACCUGGACAUAAAGGGAGCUGAAAAGCCUUCUGUUUGGGAACUAAUUGGAAUUCGUUUUAUACUUCUUCCUUACACUCUGGGAAAGCUGUUGCUAUGGUAUGGAUGUUGGUUCUGGAGAUACAAUGUCAAGCGUGCUCCAUACUCAUGGGAAGAUGCUUCCUAUUUGACACGAAGGUCUCUUAGGGUUUCUCCUGAUUCAUGGAUAUCUAUUGACGAAUCAACCAAGGAAGAUCUUAUUCAAAGACGACUUUGGGAGAAGUCCAACUUCGAAAGCUAUGUGGCAGAGAUGCGCAAGGAAUCAAAACGCCGAAGAUAAAAAAAAAAUUCUGACUCAAGGUUAUGUGUAGGAUGAGACCAGUUUUGAUGGAAGUGUUUUGACACAUGAAGCAAAAGUCUAAUGUUUCGUUCUUGAAGACAACAAAAUUCUUUUUGACACCGAAAGCUUAUUAGAUUGGUAGUAUCGUCAUAGAACUUGGAUCGUCACAGUUAGUGUCACAACUGUACUAGUAUUCAGAAUAACUAUACAAAAUACAUAUCGGGAAGCAAUCAUACUGCAUUUGGAGCAACUUUCGUGGGCAAGCUUCUAUUGAUGAGUACCACUCUCCAUGGUGAUUUUGCUGAUGUAAUGCUAGGUUAGAAUAUGUGGCGGACCAUCUAUAUGUUCUGAAAGCAGAGAUUGCGUUCCAGCAGACAAUCAACUUCGUGCUUGGCUUGGCUAUGUUGUAUUUGUAUGUACCAUAUUCUUAACUGGUGAAUAUGAUAAUGGCAGGUCUAUCAUUACCAAUUGGCA